AUCCAUUUAAUUUACUUGGAACCUUUUAGAAUUUAGGUUUCAAAAACGUGAACUUAGCUGAUUGAUAACUUUACUCUUCAGUUUUUUUUGGUCCUCUACAAAGACGGCGGUCUAACUCAAAAAUAAAUUUUCUAAACAGUAUUUUAUUUUUAUAAUAAAUUGUAUACGUACAUAUUUCAUAAAAUUAUUAAUUACUUGAUACAAACAUGGAGGAGACCGAAAAUAAGCCAAAACAGCAUCAACUCGGCUGUAUGCAUCAUGGACCAGGUCCAGUUUAUCGUCUUCCAACCCUAACUGGAUAUAUUGGACACGACCCUUCUAGACGCAGAGAACCGGCAUAUUCGAUCAAAUCUUUAAAAAGAACAAAUCACUAUGAAGGUGGACCUGGACCCAAAUAUAAUAUCGGAGGUUUAACUAACCGCGGAAUAGAAAAAAAACCAGCUUACACCAUCGGCCUCAAGAAAACCCGUCAAGAUCUAUUUACGGGCCCAAGUCCACUAGAAUAUCAAGCAGAGAAAUGUCCUGCAAUGAAUAGCCGUAGGCCUCCAGCUUACUCUCUUCAAUUUCGAGAAAUGAAAAAAGUUGAAGGAAGUGGACCAGGUCCGAUUUAUUUACUCCCAACGUGUCUUGGUCCGAAUCUGGUUGACAAAAAAGCGCAGGGUGCUUAUUCAAUAGGUAUUCCUACAAAAGGGAAUAAACGGGAAGAACUUCCGGGUCCGGGAGCUUAUAUAACUGAGAAUUACAACGUGGUUAAGCGCAGAUUUCCCGCUUAUAGCAUUACAUCUCGCCCAAAAGAUCUUUCAAUGUGGGAAGGCACUCCUGGUCCUAAAUACGAUACUAAAUUCUACAAUGGAAAACGACCUCCAAUGUAUACCUUUGGCCUGAGACACAGUCCAUGUGCUGGAACGCCUAUGACGGAAAUGGACGAUGAAUAAAUAGACUAAAUCUUAAUCUGGUCUAUAAUAUUUUUGGCUAAUUUCUUUCAACUGAAAACGAAAAAUGUAAUAUAAAACGCCUGAAAGAUUGUGUGAAAAUAA